AUGGACAUUCGCUCGGUGGUGGCACCCAUGAACGUGUCCGAGUUACCGCCGUCUCAAUCGCAACCCCACACCGCGUCGGAGCCCAGGAAACGAGUUCGCCGCUGGCACCACCGAGGCUUCACCGGCUGCUCGAUCUGUCGCCGCCGCCAUGUCCGCUGUGAUGAGGCCUCGCCCGCAUGCAAGAACUGCACGCGGCUCGGCCUGGAUUGCGAUGGUACCCAGGGCCGCAUGACGUUCAAGGUGUACGGGCCUUCGCAGACCCAGGACUCACCCUCCCAGCCCCCGAAGAAAGGGAACAAGCAAGAUAUAAAAAGGGAAGAAGACGGCAGCAACGGAGUCGUCGUCUCAUCCACCACGCUGCCUCAAACCACCCAGUUCCAGUUCGCCCAGCCCGCCUCGCCCGCAAGCCUAAUCGCAACGACCAUUCAACGCCGCGACGAUCGCUACUUCACCCAUUUUGUCGACCAGGUCUCGACCCUCCUCCUCAUCUACGAUAACUCCAUCAACAUGAAUCCCUACCGCAGCCACUUCCCCGACUUCGCCCGCACCUCACCGUCCCUCGCGAACGCGAUGCAGGCAUUGGGCGCAUUGCACCUGGCCAACACCUCGCCGGGACCGCAGCGGAACACGCAUUUCCAGCAGGCAAUGGGGAAAUACGGCGAGGUCGUCAAGACAUUCCGCACGCGAUACGUGAAUCCGGCGCAGCAGCUCGGGCUAUCGGACUUUGCGACAUGCCUCUUGUUGUGCUUGUUCGAGAUGAUGGACUCCCAGCAUGAUAACUGGGCCGUACACCUCCAAGGUGCUCGCGAGAUCUAUAACCGUCUCUUCUAUCCGCAUACCGGCGACUCCGCCCGCGAGGUCCACCGUGUCGCCGAGUCCAACCACCCUCUCCGCUCAUUCCUCGUCUCGCUCCUUUCCUACGUCGAUGUGGCCGGCGCCUGUGCCACUCCCGGAGGCACCGUGGUCGAGGGGAACUACUGGAAGACCUUAGGUGGUGGGUGGGAAUACAAUCUGGGGACACCGACAUUGUCCGGGUCGUCCACGCCCGAGAACCCGCGCCUGGUCGAGCUGCGGAAUUCAUGGUCGGGAAUGAUGGAGAUUCAAGCCUCCAUCAGUGUAUUCGCCCGAGACAAACGGUCCAUGUCCCCGGACCACCAGGAUCAAGUGUACAAGGAUCUAUUUUACAAACUGGUCGCUUGGCGAGCCACCACGCCCAUUAGUCUGCAGCAGCUCGGCGAGCUGGACGAUGACAGUUUGGCCAAGUACCCGUUCCCCGAUGUACUCGAAUACGUCGGAUGCAUCGAGGCGUACGAGAAAGCGACGUUCCUCCAUUUGCACCAAGUGGCUGGCGCCGGUCGUCCAGGCUGGAUCUCCGACCGCACCUAUUUGGACACGCUGAUUACUCGCAUCCUCACGUUGAUCCGCAAGUGUUCCAAGGAUGUCGGCCAGUUGGCGGUCUUGUGGCCCUUGUUCAUUGCCGGCCAGGAAACGCGAAAAGAGGAGGAGCAGGUAUACGUUCGGAAAACGAUGCAUGAGCUCAAACGGUUCGGCUUCAAGAAUGUCGACAAAGGCAUCGAGUUCUUGGAGAAGGUCUGGUUCAAGCGCCGGACAUUUCCUGAAGGGUGGACCGAGACGCUGGACGAAAUUCAGUCCAACAUCCUCAUCCCUUAG